AUGUCGGCCCUCACUACCCUGUUUAAGUAUGUUGAUGAAAAUCAGGAUCGCUACAUUAAGAAACUCGCGGAAUGGGUGGCCAUCCAGAGUGUAUCCGCGUGGCCCGAGAAGAGAGGUGAAAUCAGGCGGAUGCUGGAGGUCGCUGCGGCGGACAUCAAGCAGCUGGGGGGCUCUGUGGAACUGGCAGAUAUUGGGAAACAGAAGCUCCCUGAUGGGUCCGAGAUACCACUUCCUCCCAUUUUACUCGGCAAGCUGGGCUCCGACCCCCGGAAGAAAACUGUGUGUAUUUACGGACAUCUGGACGUGCAGCCGGCAGCCCUCGAGGACGGCUGGGAUAGCGAACCCUUCACCCUGGUGGAACGCGACGGCAAAUUGUAUGGGAGAGGCGCAACCGAUGAUAAGGGGCCGGUGGCCGGCUGGCUGAAUGCCCUGGAAGCCUUCCAGAAAACGAAUCAGGAGAUCCCGGUUAACGUCCGGUUCUGUCUAGAGGGCAUGGAGGAGUCGGGCUCGGAAGGCCUGGAUGAGCUGAUAUUUUCGCGGAAGGACACAUUCUUUAAAGACGUGGACUACGUGUGCAUUUCUGACAACUACUGGCUGGGAAAGAAGAAGCCGUGCCUCACAUACGGUCUCAGGGGCAUUUGCUACUUUUUCAUUGAGGUGGAGUGCAGCGACAGAGACCUGCAUUCUGGCGUGUACGGAGGCUCGGUGCACGAGGCCAUGACAGAUCUCAUCUUGCUGAUGGGCUCUCUGAUGGACAAGAAGGGAAAGAUCCUCAUCCCAGGCAUCAGUGAGGCGGUGGCCCCCGUGACCGAGGAGGAGCUGGCACUCUACGACAAGAUAGACUUUGACCUGGACGAGUACACCAGGGACGUGGGGGCAGAGACUCUGCUGCACGGGUGCAAGAAAGACAUCCUGAUGCACAGAUGGCGGUACCCGUCCCUCUCCCUCCACGGGAUUGAAGGCGCCUUUUCUGGGUCGGGGGCCAAGACUGUGAUCCCUAGGAAAGUGGUGGGCAAGUUCUCCAUCAGGCUCGUGCCGAACAUGACUCCUGAAGUUGUGAGCGAGCAGGUUACGAGCUACCUGACGAAGAAAUUUGCUGAACUGCACAGCCCCAACAAGUUCAAGGUAUACAUGGGCCACGGUGGGAAACCCUGGGUGUCGGACUUCAAUCACCCUCAUUACAUGGCUGGGAGAAGAGCCCUGAAAACAGUGUUUGGUGUCGAGCCGGACUUGACCAGGGAAGGUGGCAGUAUUCCCGUGACUUUGACCUUUCAGGAAGCCACAGGGAAGAAUGUUAUGCUGCUGCCUGUGGGCUCAGCCGAUGAUGGCGCCCACUCCCAGAACGAGAAACUCAACAGGCUUAACUACAUAGAAGGAACCAAGAUGCUGGCUGCGUACCUGUAUGAGGUGUCUCAGCUGGAGAAGUGAGACGGCCCGUCUUCCCCGGAGCACUGCCGGAGGAGUCCCGCCCUCUGCCCCCGCCCCGUGCUCUCUUCUGAUCGCUGAGGAGAGCAAAGCCCAUCUCUCUCCUUUCCCUCUUGUCAGACUGGAUGACAGCUGAGUUCUCAGAGGAGGUCAGCGUGAGGGUCUCUGGAAAAUAGCCAAGGUCUGAAAGCGCACGUUCUGCGGGAGGUUCUGGUUGGCAUCCAGUUGGGCUGAACAGAGGUCUGGGUGCUUUCUGUCCCAUCUCUGCUUCCUGACUAAGGCUCGUGCGCACUCAGGAUAUUAA